AGGCUUUCAUCUCUGUGAAGUGGGCGAUGAUUUGACAGCAUCAAACUCAAGAUCUCCAGGGCACAAGUGGAUAGUUUGUGUGUGCGGGCGGGCGUGUGUGUGGCAUCUCCACACUUUUGGAUUGACACAGAACCUUUCUCUGAGAGGAACUACUACCUGAUCUGUUUUUAUCAAGGCAUACCAUCGUGAAGGACCAUGAGCUGGGAUGACAUCCUCCCAAAUCCUUUGUCAUGGAACACCUAAAAUGGAAACAAGACUGACUACCAUGCUCUAACUUCAGCUUUAAUUAAAAAGAAGACCUUCUCCAGUUCCAUUCAAAUAUUUCUUAGCCUGGCCUUCUUGCCCCAACCUGCACCCCUUCCAGUUUUGAAUUUGAACUGCUGCUCUCUACCUUUCCCCUGUCAGCUCCUUUCCCACCCCCCUCUCCUUUCAACGAAGGGUGACAUCAAACACUCUGAAUUUAAACCAUGGCUGCAAGAAAAUGUUUGUCCUUCCUGUCUCCCUCCCUGGCUCUUUCCCUCCUCCUUCCUGCACUGUUGCUCCUACGCCUGCCUGGUAUGGUGAAAGGGGACUGCUGGCUGAUAGAGGGGGAUAAAGGUUACGUUUGGUUGGCUAUCUGCAGUCAGAACCAGCCUCCGUAUGAGACCAUCCCCCAGCACAUCAACAGCACGGUUCAUGACCUGAGGUUGAAUGAGAAUAAACUCAAAGCAGUGCUCUUUACCUCCAUGUACCGCUUCACAAACCUAACUGAUCUAAAUCUAACCAAGAAUGAGAUAAGCUACAUUGAGGAUGGGGCUUUUGCUGGACAGGCAAACCUUCAGGUUCUACAGCUGGGCUACAACAAAUUGACCAAUCUGACAGAGGGGAUGCUGAGAGGCCUUGGACGAAUGCAGUGCCUCUUUUUACAACACAACCUCAUAGAGGUCAUUGCCACCAAUGCCUUCUGGGAGUGCCCUAACCUUAGCAGCCUGGAUUUAUCUUCAAAUAAGUUGGGCCGUCUUGACCCAUCUACCUUCACUGUCCUCAACAGGUUAAUGGUUUGUGAACUGGCAGGAAACCCAUUCCAUUGUGGCUGUGAGCUCUACAAUUUUCUGACUUGGCUAGAGGAGUUCAACAAUGUCACGCACACUUAUGACCGCCUCCAAUGUGAAACUCCACCAGAACUCACAGGUUACCCACUACUGGGCCCAGUACCUGGGCAUGGAAGAAAUGCUCGGUACAUUCUUUUAUCUGUGUGUCGUGAUGGUGUAAUUAUUCCAGGGAUGACCUCCCAGAUGCCAGAUCCAGAUGGCUCAGGAAUGGGUUUAGACAGCUCAGAUCUAGGUCUGUACCCUCAGGCAACCACAACAUCAACUGCUGAUCCCAACUAUGUUGCGCAGAUUUCCAUUAAACUUGAAUCAGUCUCUCUCUACACUGCAUCGCUGCUUGUGCAGAUUCCAAAACCAUAUACUAAGAUGUACAUCCUCUCCCAGUAUAAUGAUACCUUUCCUACAGACAUUAUGUCCCUUACAAAGAAGAAGGAGAAGAUUCCCAUAGAUAAGCUGAAACCACACACUAACUACACUUACUGCGUGGCUUCUGUAAGUAAAUCUCAACGCUACAACCAUACUUGCCUGUCUUUCACAACACGAGCUAUGGGCCCAGAGGACCUCCGUUCCAAUCCAUCAACAACUACCCACUACAUUAUGACCAUCUUGGGAUGUCUGUUUGGUAUGGUGAUUGUGCUUGGAUUUGUCUACUACUGCCUCAGGCGGCGGCGCAUCCAAGAAGAGAAAGAAAAGGCUAUAAGUGUAAAGAAAACAAUUCUGGAAAUGAGGUAUGGCCCAGAGGCAGCUGCAGCAGUGGCCAAUGACCCAGGUGCUAUCCAACGUCUACAGGAGCAGACUCACCACCACCAUUCAGGAGGAGCGGGAGCCAAGCUUCCACCAUCUGCUUCUUCUAGCACAGGGAUGCUACAUGGAUCAGCAAACACAAGUUCUUCCCGCCUCACCUUGCCCCAGGUAGAAAAAAUGGCCUCUGCCUUCUCUGAGGCAAUUGGCAGCAAGAGCAAUUACAUGGAUGUUAGGACAACAGGAAUUGCUGGGGAAAACAGAGAUGGAGUAAUGGUUGCGGGAGGAGUUGGAGGAGACGUAGUUGUUGAUAUGAGAGGUGUAGCUGAAAAUGGGACAGAGGCUGGGGAAGAUUCGGAUGAUGACGGUCGUGGCUCGGCGUCAGAGAUUUCCACCAUCGCUAAAGAAGUAGACAAAGUGAACCAGAUCAUCAACAAUUGUAUCGAUGCCCUCAAGCUGGAUGCCUCUGCCAAUAUUGUAACAGCUGAUGAUGGAAACACAGUAUCCUCCUCCCAGCCUACUUGCAUGGCCCCCCUUCCCCGCAACCUUCUGCCACUCCCUACUGCCUCCACUGGAGAUCAGAUCAUGGCCUCUUCACCAAAAGUGCAUCCAAAGUCUCAGCCACACCCUCAUCCCCAGCCUCAUCCUCAGCCACAACCUCAGUCCCAUCCUCAGCCUCACCCACAGCUACAUCAGCAGCCUCAUCCUCCUUCUAUGGCCCCGGUGCCCCUGGUCAUGCCCCUGUCGGAGCGGCCUGGCAUCAGUGGAGGUGGGUUUCUUUCCCCUCCUUACCGUGACCCACCCCCAGCUAAUGCAGUACGGCCCCUUCAGAGGCAGCAGAGUGCUGACACUGCUGUGGUAAAGAACCGUUGUGGUACUCCUGCUGCAGUAUCUGUCAAGAAUACAAGGGUGUACAGUGUGGAUGUACCUGAUCAGCGAAACGAUCCACCCAAGUACCCGACAGAAAAGGGCAGCCCUGCAGUUUGUGGUGGGAUGGGUGGCAGCGGGGGACCUGGGGGCGUAGGGGGCUGUGGUGGAAAUGGCAAGGGAAACAUAAAUGGUGGUGGGGUGAGUUUAAAUGGAAGUGGAAUGGGGUGUAAUAAUGGGAAUGGAAGUGGAUGUGGGGUUGCUGGGCCUGGACAGCAGCAGCAUCACUUAGAAGUUCAGCCGGACUACCACAGCUCCGAGCACCGACACUCCUUUCCUGCACUCUACUAUGAGGAUGGUAAUGACUCGCCCUUACCAGCCCAAAAGGCCUCAUUCCUCAAGCCACUGGGGCGCACUAAGAGGGAUGCCACAGUCACCUACUCCCAGCUCUCUCCUCGUCACCAUAACUACAACUCUGGGUACUCCUCCAGUCCAGAGUACUCAUCUGAGAGCACUCUACGCAUCUGGGAGCGAUUUCGACCAUACAAGAAAAACCCACGUGAGGAAGCCUCCUACAUAGCUGCAGGCCACGCCUUGCGUAAGAAGGUGCAGUUUGCCAAGGAUGAGGAUCUUCAUGAUAUUUUGGAUUAUUGGAAAGGCGUUUCUGCCCAGCAAAAGCUGUGAAUUGGAAAAACAUCAAGUGGUACUUGGAAGAUUUUAACACCAACAGCAGACUAAUACAGGGAUAGGAUAAGAAUCCGUCUGCAGAGGUGUAUUGGGAUUUCGGUCAUUCAUACAGUAGAUGGAGAGUUGACAAAUAUCUUGGUGAUUUUUGAAAAUGUAUUUGGUGACAAUUCAUUGACAUUUCAAAUAGUUUAUCCUGAGGAUGGCAUUUGUCACCACUGCAUUGAGUGAUAUGUUCACCUGAGGACCUCAUACUGGGCACUUUGGUCCUUGUAGGCUUCAAAGAUAUGUGAAGUCCAUUCUAAUGAGCAAAGUUAACUUUGUGAUAAGUGUCUUCUACCUCAUUACUGGUACACUGUAGCUCAACUAUCUCAGUAGAAGCAGCAGCAUUUAUGUCUUAAGCCCUGUCCAUCUUUUUUUUUUUCUAAUUCCUUCAAACAACCUUUCAAAGGACAAUAAUUCUAUGGCAUUGGUUCCAGCUGGGCUCCUAUGAAAGCAUAAUUUAGAGCAGUAAUGAGAAACUAAAAUGAAGAUUUAUUUUCAUUUGUGUUAAAAUACCUUUCUUUGAGGAAGACAUUAAGUGAUACUUAUCAGGCUUAUUGUUCUCCCUGGCAAUUAGCCGGUGUAACAAAAGGUCAGGGAUACUGUUUGUUGAGCAUGCUUAUUGAUGUAAAACAUCCAACUACACAUUUUCAGUGGUAUCUGUACAUACAGGUUGUGGGCUUUAUAGUGACAAAUCCCAUUUUAGUUGAAAAGGGAAGUAGGGCCUGAGUCAUUCUUUAUUUCAGGUUCCUGUAUGUGAGCAAGAGGGUUUCUAAUAGCAGGGGAAUGUGUAUGUGCAUGCGUGAAUGGAUAAGGGUUUUGCUCAUUUGGCAAAUCUAGAUGUUGUAAAGCAAAUCCUGUAAAAACUUCCAGAUAUGUUUUGCCCUUUCCCUGUUUACAAGCAUAACUUUGAGUUGGAAAAUUUACAUUUCAAUAGACUGAGUCAUACCAAAAUUACUUUAGGCUAGGUUAUGUGAGCAGAAAGUGCAAGUGUAAGCUCUUGCAUUUAAGAAACCAAGUAAUCACAUUUAGGAACAGAAGCAGAUUCAGAGCAAGUUAGAGGUUUGCUGUAAACACCCCAUUACUAAAGAGAAGAGCCAAGGUCCAGUGGUUUCAAGCGCUGGUUGUCAAGGCAAGCCUGCACUGUAAUACACUCUGCUAUUUACAGUGAAUGAUGGAUAAAAGACUGAAGAUCCAUGCCAUGUUUUUGCCUCAAACCAGAUGAAUCUGUAGUCGCUCUCUGUUUGACAGUGCUUUGUUCGGAGCAAAAAUUUAUAAAAAACAAAAACUGGUAGCUUGCUAUGGACCAAAGUGCCCUUAAGAGGUGUGUGUGUGUGUGUGUGUGUGUGUGUGUGUGUGUGUGUGAAAACAAUGAAACAAUUAAAACUGGUUAAGGGAAAAAGGAGCAAGAUUUGCAGAUCACUUAAGAGGCAGUUUUGAUGUUAUCGCUCAUAAAUUGAGGAAUCAAUACCACAUAGAUGGCUACAAUCACUAAGUAAUGAUAUGACGUAAUGUCACAUCAUGUUGGUAUUCUGUCUGCACCAAUGAAGAUUCACUCACCUCAGCGUGCCAGAUGCUUGAAAUUGAAAGGGAAUCUCAUGGCUUGAAAUCAUUUCAGAUUAAUUCAGCUAACAAGUAUUAGCUAACAAUUAACUGAGCACUUGGGGAAACUAUCAGAGCAUUUAAAUGGUCAGUUGAUCAUUUAAUAUAAAUGAUUUAAUGAAUUAACAAAUUAAUGAAUAUAUUGAUGAACUAAUUAAUAAUUUGCUAGGAUUAUAUUGCCAGUAUUAAUUCCAAGAUAGUUAACUUUAGUGUCUCUUUAUUUAACCUCUUGGAUAUUUGUUUUUAUCUCGUGAUUUGUUUUGUCAGAAUUGUUGAGUCUAUUAUUUCCACAAAAUUGACCCUAACAACAUGAAAUUAAAGUAGUUUAAGUUACCUUGCUAACCAAAGCCAGAGUUUGUUCAAGAACAAAAUGAGAAAGAUGAUGAGAUUUAUUUUUUGGUUAAGUUAAAGGUCUAUUAAAAACAGAUUUAUUUUUUCAAAAGGCUAGAAGGUAAAGAAUUACAUUUUGGUGUGUAUGGUAGGGUAAUGUUGUGCAAAAGGUAAGGUUGUGCAAAAAGAUGAUUUAAUAUCACAGCUGUUACUGAAACAAUAUGGUAUUAUAUUUUCAAAAAUGAUUUUAAAGCAGAACACUGUUGUUGCAAAGAUGAUAAAGCUCACCCUUUCUGAGUCAUCAUUUUAAAAUCUUGGGAAAAUUAAAACAACAUAAAACAAUGAAAACAUAAACAAAUAAAUACACAUACAAGCACAAUAGCUAAGGUUUACAGAAUUAUUUAGUUAGAUUUUGUUAUAAUUUCCUACCUGGCAAUUUAUGUUCUAAGAGAGCUUGCUCCCUUUAUUUUUUAAGCGUUUUUUUUUUUUUUUUUGCUUUUUAAGCUCCAGUGUAAUAAGGAUCAUUCUGUCAUUCAUGGCAGGAAAACCAUCAGACCUGUUAGCAUUCACUAAGGUCAUAUCACAGCCUCAUCACUUUUGCAUCAGAUCAAUAGAACUUAAUUUGGAAGUAAAGGGGACACCAGUAAACACAGAGAGCAAAUUCCUGUCGACUUUAAAUCUCUGUUUAGAUUGUUUUUUUAAAAAAAAAAACUAAUUUACUUUUCUGGCCUUCUCUUCACAUUCUGCUGGUAGCUUCCUCUGCAUUAUAUGUACGAUUAUGCACGAGGGAUGAGCAAUCAGCUUUAGAUUAUUACCGCAGGCUAUCCAGUGUGGAAACUGUUUUUAAAAGUAAUGACAGCAUUAAAAGACUGGAAAGAAUCAAGCUGGAGUGGCCUUAAUAUUAAUUUCAGGUUAUUUGUUACAUUUAAGAAAUAGCACCAUCCCAAUAACUCGUUAGUUACUUAGAACAGGAGCUCUAUUCAUGGAUUGUUGUAUGAAUUUAAAAUAAAAUUGAUGAUCAUCUUUGUUUUUGUUUAUUUUUUUCCCCGUUUGUAUAAUGUUUAGAUAAUUCUUGGAACUAAUGAUAUGCAGCUAUGCUAGUUUAGUAACACUGUAUGCAAUUGAAUUUGACAGUCUCCCAGUGGUCAUCAAGCCUUGCUCCUAUAUAUUCCCCUGGACACAUUUAUUUCAGAAUUUCAGUUAACGUGAACUUUUUUUUUUUUUUUUGUCACUCUCUAAGAACAAAGGAAAUUUGCUUUUAACCCCAAAGGACCAGAAUCCAGAAGUCAACACUGACAAAUGUGCUAGGUAUUGUAACAAUCAGAUUGUAAAAGUACAAUUUCAAGCUAUUGAAAUGUUUAGACUAGUGGAGGUCUCUUGGGGAAAAAACUCAAAUCCUCUCUGCUCACAGAUUUGAAACCUACAUGUAUACUGGAAAAUGAUCAGGCUGGGUGUUUGUUUUCUAAAAAAACAUUUAAAAUAUUCUCUUCAAUGGAAUUUUGAAUCAAUACUGAGAUUAUAGACACUGUGAUCAAAAUGCAUUUUAACAGAAACAACUCUGAUGUUUUAAUAAUCAAAUAUAUAGUUUAUACAAAUCUUAAACAAAUCUAUGUUAUUACGGUGUUAUAAACAGUUUUACAAGUUGUGUUUGGGACUCAUUGUUGCACAGCAUAUCUUUUAAGUUUUAUAACCUUUUUUAGGCUCAGGUCUAUUGAAAAUAAUAAAUCAACAGUCAUUAUAAAUUGUGGAAAAGCUGUCCCAGUUACAUCCUUUUAGAGUUUCCCUUGCUCUAAAUGUUAACUUCAAAGAAAGUUAAGACUUGCAAAGCCUUACUGGGAAUGGCUGUAAAGUCUCUGUUGCCUUUUAUGAUUAAAUAUCUGAGUCCAUGCUAUAAAUAUUGUAGUGGAAAAUAUGGACCCUUAUGUUACAAACAUUAAAAGAAAAGCUUACACAUAUAGGUUGAGACCAAGAGACCCCUCUCCUCAAUGUCCUGUGAUAGGUUAAUGGACCCCA